AUGGAGCACGGAGGGCAGCGGAAGAAGAGCCUCGAGGGACAGAAGCCGGUGCCAGAAUACCCCUCAAGUUACUACAAAGACUAUAUCCACGACGGCCAAAACCUCGCCCUCAAUUUCAGCGCAUUAAUAAUUUUAUGUGUUUGUUUGCCUAAUUAUCCGUGGAGAUUGAAUCCUUAUCCGUGUGUUCCUUUCCAGGUGCAGCUGACGAUCCGGACGCUGCCGGAGCUGCCCGCCGGCGCCAAGUACCAGUGCGUGUGGGGGUCGGCGCCCCCCGCGGACGCCCUGGUCACGCCCACGGGGCUGACGUGCAUGACGCCCGCGCGCGCGUUCCGGCCGCCCAUCCCGCCGCACCACGACCACGUGCUGGUGCCGCUGGCCGUGCGCUCCAGCGAGACCAACAAGGACUUCGUGUCGCGCAACUUCGCCUUCUACGACUGCAGCCGCCACAACACCUGCGGCAGCUGCGUCAGGAGCGACUGGGCCUGCAACUGGUGCGUCUACGAGAACACGUGCACGCACAACGCCUCGUCGUGCAGGAGGACGGUCAUCUCCGGGGAAAAUAACCCGUCCCAGCUCGCCUCGCACGGCUCCGGCUUCUGCCCGCGCUUCCGGCAGGAGCAGACGCCGCUGCUGGCCGCCGACGGCGCCAAGAGCGAGCUGCAGCUGCUGGUGGAGAACCUGCCGGUGCCGCGCGUGGGCCAGCUCGGCUUCCAGUGCGUGGUGAGCAUCGAGGGCGCCACCAUGCUGGUGGGCGCGCGGGUCAUGGUGGAGGACGAGGAGGAGCCGGAGGGCGGCAGCAGCAGCCCCGCCACCACCAGCAGCAGCGCCAGCCGCCCUCACCACCGGCGCGUGCAGCGCGUGGUGUGCGAGGCCACGGUGUACCGCUACGAGUCGGGCGAGGGCGAGUACGAGGCGCGCGUCACGCUGGUGUGGAACCGCGACCACGUGGUGGACGCGCGCCCGCUCACGCUCUACAAGUGCGGCGUGCUGGGCGCCCACCGCGGCCACCACGACUGCUCGCUCUGCGUCACGCGCCACCCGCGCUACCGCUGCACCUGGUGCGGCGCCGCCUGCAGGUACGCGCCGCACUGCCCCUCGCUCCCGGGCGUGGCCGCGGCCGCCACAUCCGCGGUGGCGCCCUUGCCCACGGGCACGCACCAGCAGGACGCCGCGGCGACGGCGGGCGACGACCGCCUGGCGCAGUGCCCCACCGCCAGGAUCGAUGUGAUCCAGCCGCUGGCGGGCCCCCUGGAGGGCGGCACGCUCGUCACCAUCGAGGGCAGCAACCUGGGCCUGCGCGAGGAGGACGUGCGGGACAACGUGUUCAUCGGCGACGUGCCGUGCCGCGUGCACGAGUACCACGUGUCCGUCAAGAUCACGUGCGUGACGGGGCCGGCGCCGACCCAGGGCGGCGGCGGCGGCUCCUCGCAGGACCUGCAGUUCCCCGUCAGCGUCACGACGCCGGCGGGCACCACCAAGUCCACCGUCAAGUUCACCUACACCAACGUGAGCGUGACGGGCGUGUGGCCGACCAAGGGCCCCGUGUCGGGCGGCACCGUGCUCUCCGUCAGCGGCAGGUUCCUCAACGUGGGCUCGAACGUCUCCGCCACGCUGGACGACCUGCCGUGCGUCGUCAACAAGACGCAGUCGUCGUCGCACCGCCUGGUGUGCGUGACGUCGCGCAUGCCGCUGUCGUCGGGCGAGGGCGGCAAGGAGGGCGCGGGGCUGCCCCGGACGGCGCGCCGCCUCGUCGUGCAGGUGGACAGCGCCGUCCGCGUGCUGGCCGAGCCCUUCACGUACACGCCGGACCCGCGCGUGUUCGAGCUCAAGCCCCUGCGCAGCCCCUGGAGCGGCGGCCGCCUCAUGACGGUGCACGGCCGCAACCUGGACGCCAUCCAGGCGCCGCGGAUCACCGUCCUCCUGCACGACCGCAUCCUCAACUCGUCGGCGUGCCGCGUCCUCAGCCCCGGCCAGAUGGAGUGCCCGUCGCCGCACGUGAACCGCCAGGUCCUCAUGGCUCUCAUGCGCGAGCGGAGGGACGCCGACGGCCCGGACGACGCCAGGAACGAGAAGAGGGCUUCGCACAAGGUUUCCAGGUCCCCCCGCCAGAACUACGCCGACUCCGUCCUCCUCGACGUCGGGUUCAUCAUGGACAACGUGGCGUCCGUGAGGAAUCUGAAGCACGUCCUUCCCUCCUCCGCCCGCGCCUCCCUCCACUACGUCCUCGACCCGACCUACAAGAAGUUCCCGAACGGCAUCAAGCUCUACAAGGGCGACACGCUGGUGAUCGAGCGAUCGCGAGCAUGGCCUUCGGACGAGUCUGGUGCCGUUCCAUGGUCGCAUCCCGUCGUUAACCAGCGCAAAGAACCAGUGAGCGAAAACAGCGAUCCAGAUCCCGAAUACCUUGAGUCACUCAGUGAGUACAUCCGUGAGAGCGAGGCUCCCCAUCCACCUGGCGUCAUGACCCUGUCCUCCACCAGGAAUCCACUUGAGCCACAUGUUCUCUCUCUUAUUCCCCAGAUGAUCCACCUCGUCAGGGAUGAGCCUCAGUACGAGAAGAUUCCGUAUUCCUCGCCGCAAAGCGUGGCCGUGGUGUGCGAGGACGGCGAGAAGGCCCAGUGCCGAGUCCUGGACUGCGACACCAUCACGCAGGUCAAGUCGAAGAUCCUGGACGCACUCUACCGCAACACGCCGCAGUCCCUCCGACCCUCCGUCCACGAGGUCGACCUUGAGUGGCGCCACGGUCGCAACGGCCACCUGAUCCUCGCCGACGAGGACAUGACGACGAAGGCCGACCCCAGCGGGUGGCGCCGCCUCAACACCCUCGCCCACUACGGCGUCAGGGACUCCGCCCUCAUGGCCCUCGUGCCACGCCCACACGACCACCACGCCCUCAACAACGCCAACUGCAGCACCAAGUGUAAUUAUUGCGCUGGCUACGGCAUGCCGGGGUCGGGCAGCCCCGUCAGCCACUGCGGGGACGUGGAGUCGGGCAGCGUGGAGGCCAACGCGUACCACCUGGUGAAGCCGGUGGACCAUGACUCCCCGUGCAGGGGCGGCGAGAGGACCCACAAGGCCAUCCCGGAGAUCUUCCUCACCAGACUCCUCUCCACCAAGGGCACCGUCCAGAAGUUCGUCGACGACUUCUUCAAAACCAUCCUCACGCCCAACGAGACGCUCCCGCCGGCCGUCAAGUGGCUGUUCGACUUCUUCGACGACGCCGCCCGCCGCCACGGCAUCGUCGACCCGGAGGUGUCGCUGGCGUGGAAGUCGAACAGCCUGCCCCUCCGCUUCUGGGUCAACUUCAUCAAGAACCCCGACUUCAUCCUCGACGUGCACAAGAGCCCGACGGUCGACUCGUGCCUCUCGGUCAUCGCGCAGACCUUCAUGGACGCCUGCUCGACCACGGAGCACCGCCUGGGCAAGGACUCACCCUCCAACAAGCUGCUCUUCGCCAAGGACAUGCCCCAGUACAGGGCGACGGUGCGGGCCUUCUACCGGGGCGUGCAGGACAUGCCUCCCGUCACGGACCAGGACAUGGCGGCCUACCUGCACCACCUGAGCCUCACGCACCUGGGCCAGCUGGACGCGCGCCCCGCCCUCCAGGAGCUGUUCCAUUCCUACGUCACGAGAUAUUACGCGCAGGUUAUCGAGACUCUCGAGGUGGACCCCGAGUGUAGAAGUCUACACUUAGCGCACAAACUGGACAAUAUUAUGUGCACGAUAAACGGAGAGCCCACGUCCAUGUGCUGAGACCCCCCGCCGUCACAACCCCCCCCCCUGAGAGUGCUGAUUGCGCGCUGGCUGGGAGGGUCUCACCGCGCAUGCGCCAGUCCCCGGUGGUUGCCUUCUAUAAGACUUUAAACUCUCAUUGCUGUUACUUACAUGCCUAGUUCCUAGCCAAAGAGUAGGUGUAUGAUGAAUAGAAAAAAAAGCGACUAUUGUGUUGGAUUCGUUGUUAUGUAUAAAAAAAUAAAGAGAAAAUAAAAAAACUUUUCAUAACACUGCAUGGUUCCUUCCAGUUGUUAUGAUUUUUAUUCAACGACGAGCAUUCGUUAUUUUAGAGUUGUGUCUGUGUCUCUCAUCUGCUGUACUUAAUCAAAUGUCUGUGAUUUUAAAGCGUAGAGCAUUCCGGUUGAUCCGAGGUCGCCGUUGUGGCUUGCGUCGGGGGCCAGCGCGCGAGAGGCGAGCGGCCAGACGCGUCGAGAAUCACAAGCGUCACUCCGGAAAAAAACCCGAGCUAAGAAGUGUUCCAUCCGCGCGGGAAAAGAGCCGAAGUCUAAAUAAGGAUAAGGAAGUGUGUGAGCGAGAGAAACGGCGUGGAUUUAGACGGUGUGUUAGUUUUGUGAGAUAAAAAGAAGAUAAGGAAAAUGGCGUUACUUCUUUAAGUGUUAAAGGUCGAGUGAAACUCCUCAAGAAACCACUUUUUUUUUCUUUUUUUUUUCUCUUUUUUUUCGGUAAGUCCAAGUGGCCUGGCGAAGUGCUGCCCCGUGUGCUGUUCCGUCGAGUGCCCUCCGCCCUGUUUUCUACCGGCUGUUCCACAGAGCCUCCGCGAGGCAACGGGCGCUCGGGGACUGCCGGCCUCGCGCCCUCGUUGUGUUCUCGAGUCGAUGAUUUGUACGCUUUCAGCCCCACGGCUCGCGAAGGCCAUGACGUCACAGCGGCUUCGCGCGCCCGGGGUCUGACGUCACGCAAGCUAAUGAACACCACCCUUGGCCCGCGCUGAGAGGGCGGCGCCAGGGAGCCACUGUAGAGUGGUCACGUGCCAUGGACAAACGCAGAUAUUUAUCUACAAGGAGGAAGAACUUGGGAGAAAGAGCAACACUGUAGGGAGGAAGAUACGAGUGCGGCGGCAGUUUGGUGUCAAGGUUGGCUCCGGCGCCGAAGGGCCGCCGGCGAGCCUCGCCCGCGGGAGGUCGAGGCAUUCCACGAAGAGGAGGAGGAGGAGGAGGAGCAGGUGCCCUUCGAGGCCGAGAGUAGAUCCUCGAGGACAACUGUUAUAUAUGUCAGUGUUGUAUGUAUAUGUGACUUUAAAAACACACUGAGAAGUGAAUCAAACAAGUGUUAGAGACGUUAGAAAAAAAAAAAUCAUCUGUACUCAAGUCUUUACUCAAAAAAAAAAAAAAAAAA